AUAUUUGUCUUUGGAUGGUCCACAUUGCGUUUUCCGUGCAAUAUGCCAUGGCCAAGCCAUACUCGAACGUACAUCAGUGGCCAUGACCGGCUAUACCUAUUGUUGCAUUGCAUUCAGUUCCUGAGCUAUUGACCGUGAUGCCUAUGGAGUCACCGCACGCAUUCGCUAUCUGCAUGUAGUAAUCCCUUCUUCGUCCCUACCCGCACCCUACCCUGCGUCUACAUUAGUAUCGCUGUCCUUUUAGCCCUCCCCUAACCCUCCCAACCGUCUCCCCCCACAAAACACCCUAUUCAUUACCAAAGUCCCUCACAAUGCCUAUCAUCGUCGAGCCCUACGACCCCCAAUGGCCCAUCUCCUUCCAAGCUCUCCGCACUGAACUCACCACCGCCCUCUUCCUCGUUCCCUUCCUCUCCAUCGAACACGUCGGCAGCACCUCCGUCCCCGGCCUCGCCGCCAAACCCAUCCUCGACAUCGACGUGAUCGUCGCGCGACCACAUGUCGCUGCCGCCAUCGCCGCCCUCGAAGCGCGGCUUGGGUACACGAACAUGGGGGAGUGGGGCGUCCCGGAUCGGUGGGCGCUGCGGCGGGCGCCUGAGGUGCCGGCGAGGAAUCUGUACGUGGUAGUGGAGGGGUGUCAGGCAGUUCGGAACCAUCUGGCGGUGCGGGAUGUAUUGAGGAAUGAUUGGGGAUUGAGGAAGGAGUAUGCGAGGGUGAAGAUGGCGCUGGCGGGGCGGACACAAGAUCUAGAUGAGUAUGUAGAGGGGAAGUCGGAGGUGAUUAUGGUGAUUUUGGGGAAGGGGGGGUUUGGGGGGGAGGAGUUAGAGGAGAUACGGAAUCGGAAUAGGAAGCCUGAUACGAAGCCGGAGGAUAUAAAAUGAUUGUUGGAGGUUGAUUCCGUGUUUAUGAUCGUAGGGAAAACGCAUCUAUAGAUAUCAAAUAGUCGUUCAGAAACCCGUUCCCACCCAGUACCAAACCCGCAUGACAUCGUAAGCAACGCCUUAACACCUCCACCCCCCCCGCUCACGCGCUCCUCAACGCCCUCAGCCGAUCCCCCAGCCCCUCCUCCUCCUGCUCCGUCGGCCCUAACUUCGUUUUCACCGGCG